AUGGACUGCUCCACCACCACCGCCGCCACCACUACUAUUAACUUUACGACCUUAUCCUCCGCCGACGGCCGCCGUCUCCGGCGAAUGAUAUCGAACCGUGAGUCGGCCCGCCGGUCUCGCAUGCGGAAGCAGAGGCACCUAGAAGACCUCCGGAGCCGGGUCGGCCGUCUCCGGCUAGAGAACAUUGCAGUGGCUGAAAGGAUCGCAUCCAUCUCCGGCCGCUGCGUCCUCGUCCGCCGAGAGAACGAGCAGUUAAAAUCGGAAUCCGCCGCUCUAUGCCGCCGCCUCUCAGAGAUCCGCCAGUUACUUUUCCUCCGGCAGCUCGAUUGCCUCUCUUCCCCGCCGGCGUUCCCCUCUGCCGCCUCUAGCCGGUUCGCUUCCACUCUUCUUAUUAGAGGGAGGAUAAGAAGAAAAAUAAGGGAUGAGUUUGGGAGCUCUCUUGCCACCGACCACCGCCGGAGUUCUUACCAACCAUCGCCGCAGUUCCUCCCGACCACCGCAGAAGUUCCUCCCAACCGUUGUUGGAGUUUUCUUCCUAACCGAUGCCGGAGUUCUUCCAAACCAGUGUCGAAGUUUCCUCCCAACCAUCAUCAGAGUUGUCUUCUCGUCCACUGCCGGAGUUUCUUCCUGAUAAUCGCUGAAGUUCUUCUCAACCACUGCCUUCCUUCCGCUGGUUCAUGA